AUGCUUGAUCUGCUCAACCAACAACCCAUCAUGCUUCCACCGCUCGACACGCGCAAAUUGAAUGCCCUCUUACGCGACGAUGACCAUGACGAAAACGAGGAGCUCGAAUGCGAUCCUCGUGGUCACAUAAGCAUCGUCAGGGAGUCUAUCGCAGAGGACAGGAACUGGUCAGAGGGCGUGAUGAGAUUAUUGGAAUUAUGGCCAAGAACCAAUCCGCGGUUCUACCGCAAGAAGCCUUUGAGCACACGUCAUCCUUUAUAUGACAAGGGAGGCCCCAACAACUGGUGGAUCGAACUCGACGACACCUUCUUCGGUAGCCUUCGCCUCAAACCAAGUCGUGGCGGUAUCAUCAACAUCUAUGUUUUCGGUAAAUGCGUCCAAUCUUUCCAAAUUAUGGGGUGUCGUCGAAAUUGGCCAGCAAUGAUCUUGUGGAUCUGGGAUUACGGCAACAAGUUUGAAGCUGUGAAAUCGAAGCAAAAAGUAUCGAACCCUCAUGCCAGAGCACAUGGCCAACGCCAGCGUGUCAACAAGCCUCUGCUUCAUAAAGUACUACGCACAGCAACAUUCAAGGCGCAACAUGGAAGAGUAGCAAAGGCGAAGGAUGUGGCCAUCGUUCCAGAUGACACAGAUCUCGAAAUGGACGAUGUUGAUUCCACGGUGCCGCUAUGCGACACCGCCCCGGAUGCGGCAGAUUCCAGUGGACAUACGGGAUUGGCAUUACAAACAAGGGGCAUGAGAGAUGAUCAGAGGACGUCUAGUGUUACGACUGAAGAUAUCGAUAUCGGGGCCUUAGAAGUUUUCGAUCACAGCCCGUGA